GAUGACCAGAGACUGCGGACACAGUACAGGGAUGACCAGAGACUGCGGACACAGUACAGGAGAUGACCAGAGACUGCGGACAGUACAGGGAUGACCAGAGACUGCGGACACAGUACAGGGAUGACCAGAGACUGCGGACAGUACAGGAGAUGACCAGAGACUGCGGACACAGUACAGGAGAUGACCAGAGACUGCGAACAGUACAGGAGAUGACCAGAGACUGCGGACAGUACAGGAGAUGACCAGAGACUGCGGACAGUACAGGGAUGACCAGAGACUGCGGACAGUACAGGAGAUGACCAGAGACUGCAGACAG